GAAUUUAUUAGUGUCUUGCGUACGGCACAUAUGUAGACUAUAGGAUCAGUGUCUGAUAAUACGGGAAACAUAAACAAAGAGCAAUAAAUAUGACUAUACCGAAGCGUAUGAACGACUCUGUACAUUGGUUUAUGAAUGACCUUUCGAGUCGUGUCAUCGCCCAAACUGGGAUACCAAGUGACAGAUACCAUCUGGGGAAAUUGAUCUUUCAAAGUCUCAAGGAUGCCCCGGACUUUCUACUUCAGAUUGAUGGAUCGACGGGAGAAUCAGAAACAAACGGUUCAGUGUUAAAAAGAUCUGUCCAAUGUGCGAUUGCUCUGAAAAAUCUCGGCUUGAAGCGAGGUGACAUCGUGGUGAUGAUGGCACCAAACCAUAUACAUUUAACGAUUCCGUUUUACGCAGCUUUAUACAUCGGUGUUGGAACUUCUGCAGUCGAUCGGACAUUAGGCCCUUUGGAAUUGAAGGAUAGUUUCGAAGUUAGCAGACCUAAAGUAAUAUUUUGUCAAAGUGAGAAAGCGACCGACGUCCAAUUGGCUCUAAAUAAGUUGGAUCAUAACGCGCACAUCAUUACCAUUGAUAAGGGAGAUUAUCUCUUCGAUUAUGACGAAUUUCUCAGAAAAUAUGGUGAUGAUUCCGCUGUAGAUGACUAUAAGCCAUCGGACUUCGACCCCGAGAACACAAUAGCGUUGCUCGUUGCUACGAGCGGAACGACGGGUCUACCUAAAUCAGCUACAGUCAAUCACAAGAAUAUAGCUAUCACAAAUCCUUACACAUGGAUAAAGGAAUCCAAUUUCCCCGGACCGACACGCAUGGCCUUGAUCUGCUCUCCUAUGCAAUGGAUGACAGCAAUCAUCAACUUCGUACUGUCUCCGAUACUAAGGUAUACCAGACUACAGAGCACUGAAUCUAUCACACCAGAGCACGGGGCAUACCUCAUCGAUAAAUACAGGCCUACUUUUACGAUCAUGAGUCCGACAUUAAUGACUACGUUGUUGAAAAAUGGCAUUGCUAGAAAUUGUGACAUGACAUGUUUUGAACUAAUAUAUUUAGGCGGCAGUGCUGUGUCUCGGGAACUUCUUGAGGAUUUAAAGCAAGUCAUGCCCCGCACCGAAGUUCUAAACGUAUUUGGUAUGACGGAACUAUCAAGCAUCGCUUUCAUGCAAGAAAAUGGCCCGAUAGAGUCAUGCGGUAAACCGAUUGGCUGCUUCCAAUAUCGGAUAGUAGACCCAGAGACGAAGAAGGACAUUGUAGAGCCAAAUGUACGAGGGGAGUUAUGGGUGAAAGGACCUGGUAUUUUUAAGGAAUAUUACAACAAUCCAAAAGCAACCAGGGAGACAUUCGCAGAAGAUGGUUGGUUUAAAACAGGAGAUAUGUUCUACAGAGACGAGCAUUAUAAUUAUUAUUAUGUUGAACGAAUAAAAUUGCUGUUGAAAUAUAGAAAUCAUCAGAUAUCACCAUUAGAAUUAGAGAGUGUAAUAAGACAACACCCAGCGGUCCAAGACGUGGCAGUAGCAGGGAUACCUGAUGCAGAAUGUGGAGAAUUGCCUGUCGCUUGUGUCGUUGUGCGCCCAGGACAUACAGUUACAGCACAGGAAAUAAAGGACUUGGUUAAAGAUAACUUAACGGACACUAAACAAUUACGAGGCGGUGUGAUAUUCCUCAAUGAAAUACCAAUGACGGUAACAACAAAAAUUCACAGAAGAAAACUUAAGGAAUUAGUUCUAACUAUGGAUAAAGAAUAACUUGUAACGAUGUAUUUUCGAAACGGAAGAAUAUGCUAACAACGUUAUAGUAUAUACGUUUUCACAAUGGAAACAAAAAUAACAUCCAAAGCACUUAUUAGGAUGAAAUCCGACUCGAAGGACCACUAAAGUAUAUUUUAGAAUUGAUUUCUUCGCGCAAUAAUUGCAUUUAUACCGAUUUUUCUUAUCGAAUAAUGAUGAUAAAUAGAUCUUAUUUUAUUAAUAUUUUUUAGUCUCUGACACUAUAUGAAGGAAAUAAAAAAUUGC